UUGACGCCUUCACAAAACAAUUUAACACACAAAAUAUAUCCAUCCAUCCACAUCCCUUUAACUUGUUAGUAUAUCCUCUAAAACCAAUCGAAAUCACCAAAAUAUUUUUCUAUUUUUCUCUUUUCUUAUACGGAUCAACAAACAUAAAGUCCACAAAAUUGGGUCAUUCACUUUAUCUAAAAUUAUCCAUAAUCUCUUUUUCUCUCGCUUUCCUUCACAUAAGGUGAUAAAAAAGAUAUAUUCGAAAGAUAAUUUGCGCGGGGUAUUUUCUUCUGUUAAAUUUUAACUUUUCUUUAUAUGAAUGUUGACAUUUUUGUGUUUAAAUGAAUGCCAGGAAUGGAUGUGAAAUGAUAGACAAUAAAAAAGUGUUUUUAAUUUUUUUUACUUUUUUUAUCGAAAAGCGAAAAUCGCCUCUCCACUAAAUUUUCCUUUUUUGUACUUUUUCCUUUUCUCUUUUUCUUUUCCUAAAAAUAAAUUUUUGUAAUUAAUUUUUAAAAUUAAAAAAAUAUUUUUUAAAGUUUUAAAAGAAAUAUUUAAAUUAAUUUUUUAUAAUUUUGAAAUGGCCGUAAGGCCAACCAGCAGUCGGCAAUUUGACAAAAAUAAUAAAAACAAUAAUAACAACAAUAAUAAUUCUGAAAAGCAAAGAGUUGUUGAAUUUAAUAUAAAAGAGGAAUCUUCUGAUAAAUCUUCUGAUUUAUUAAAUACAAAAACAGAAAAUAAAAAAGAGGAAAAAUAUUUAAAAAGAGAAUUAGCCUAUAGAAGUAUUAUUUUAUUUAGUUCUUUAUUUAGUAUUAGUGCACUUCUUUGCCUUUGUGCAUUACUUCCAUCAUUAUAUAGCCAUGUUAAUAGUUUGGCUGGAUUCGCUAGAAAAGAUUUUGCUUUUUGUGAAGUAAUUUUAUUAAAUAUUAAAAAUCCCUCGACCAACUAA